AGUAACAUAAAAAAAACUAGAUCGAACGAGACGAGCUGUCUAGAAAACGUUGCGCAGAUACAGAAAUCAUAAAUAAAUAAAUAACCUCUGAUGAAUAAUGUCGCUUAGUUCAAAGUUCCUCUUCUCUGUCAGCCUUAUCUUCUCAUGAUGUUUAGCUUUCUUUCCCCUUGUUCGAAUUCCUCCGUUCGCUCUUGUUUAUUUUGUCACAGAUAUCAGAGAUGGACUUCCUCCUUGCUGGCCUGUCUGCAAGAAUCUCUUUCCACGAGACGUUUCCGAAUAUCUUUCCGAAUACCAUUGAAUCUGAGAAACGACGGACUGGUCUUUGUAGAACCCACCUCUGCUAGUUCGCCAUAUAGGACUGCUUGGACUGAUCGUCCAUCUGGGAUACGAGCAACUUGACCCAUCAAGCGCGGCAAUAAAGUUGCAUUGUGUGAGAUCCUGCGUAGAGAAUCCUUAAAGCAGCGCUACCAUAGGAGAAGCUGCGCUUCAAGCACUCUGUUCUAGACUUAGGUCGUAGCCAACUGUACAUAUGCUGAUUGAAGUUGCUUUUAAUGUGUCAAGUUUUGUAACUGUAUCGAGACAGUUUUGAAACUGUGUAUCUCAUCACACACACUUGGUUUUUCAAAUGUAACGAUGAAUUCCGCGAGGAUGAUGCCAAAACGUCGAGGUUGGAAUUCAAAGUGGCUUCUCAUCACCAUAUCUACUUUACUCUUCUUAUGGUGUCUUGAGUUCAGCUUAGCAGCACCUAUCCGGCCGCUACCAGACCCUAGCAUGCCGUCCGCAGAACUCAUCGAUUCAGUCUCUGAAAAAGACGUUCUGAAAUGGAUGCUCAAGUAUAAGAUAAUCCUACCCGGACAAUCCAUUAAUUUCACGGACAAGAUCUCCUUGGUUCAGCACCGGGCAGGAAUAAAUGUAACUGGAGUGUUAGACUUUGAGACGAAAAAGCUUUUUUUAAUUCCUCGAUGUGGAAACACAGAACCCGAAGACGAUCCUUUCCCGUACGGAGGACGAUCGAGAAGAAACAAACCUGAUUAUCUUGAGAGAAUACGUAGGAUUAAACAGGUUUGGGCAUUCCGGAUCUUAAAUUACACGCCUCGUCUUUCUAAGAGCGUUCAAGAUAAGACUCUUGGCAAAAUGAUGGGCAAAUGGGCUAACGCAAUUCCGCAGGCAGCCAGAAUUAGAAGACAAAGUUCGUUCGAUCCCGACGAAAAGGUCGGCGUGUUAGUUCGAUUUGUAAAAGGAAACCACAGUGACUCAUACCCAUUUGAUGGAAACGGAGGGACCAUAGGUCAUGCGGUACAUCCAGACUCCAUUACAGGUUUUCCAACUGAAGUCCAUUUUGAUGACGAUGAAAUAUUCACCAUAGGAACAAGCGGCGGCAUCAACUUGGACUGGGCGGCGCUUCAUGAAUUUGGACACAAUUUGGGUCUGCAACAUUCUAAUGUGCGAGAAUCCGCCAUGUACCCAUGGUACAAAGGUUAUAUUCCUAACAUCGAGCUUAGCAAAGACGAUAUCAACCAAUUACAUGCGCUGUAUGGCAGAGGCAGUGAUCUGAAGGACGAGACACGGACGUCAACCACAGAGACGGCACCUACUGAGGCUACAACCACCAAGGCGUCCGCCACCGAGGCUACAACCACCAAGGCGUCCGCCACCGAGGCUACAGCCACCAAGGCGCCCGUCACCGAGGCUACAACCACAAAAGUGUCAACCACCGAAACUGCAACCACCAAGGCGUCAAGCACAGAGGCUACAACCACCAAGGCAGCAACCACUGAGGCGUCAACCACCGAAACUAGAACUAACGAGGCACCAACCGGAGUCGCGACCACCACUGAAGUAUCCACGACCAAGACGUCGACU